AUGUCACAACUAUCUAGCGUGCUCAGCACCACCCUCAGCCUCAUCGGACAAUUACAAACAGCACUCACGACCCAACCGACCGCAGCAGCAGCCGAAACCGCCGCGCAAGACACGGAGGCCUUGCCCCUCCUGACAGCCUCGUCGAUCACGCUCAAAGCUCAAGUCACAAAGCUCUCGCUGCUUGCUAUCACCUCUCCAUUCACACACUCCGCUAUCUGUACCGUGCUCCGGGACUUGAAUAAGUCCGUCCUGCCGUCGAUCGUUACCGCUGCCCUCCUCGUUACGCCGGCGCAACACACCAAGGCCUUCAACUCGGAGGUUCUUGUUCUGGUCAAGACCACACUUACAGAACUUCUUAGCCUUGUUUCAGAAGUUAAGCGUGUUGGGGAGAAGAAGGAUCAGGAGAAGAAGGAUAAUGGGAAAGAAAACGAUCUGAGCAAGGCGGAGAAGGAUGUCGUUACACUUGCUACAGGUCGCGUCUGGGAUGCCUGCGACACCGUGACAGAUGUCGCAAACAAGGGCGUUAUUGGAUUCGUCAUGCGCCGCGUUGAGCAAUGGAGAGAUCUUGUUCGCGACGCGGUUCAAGAAAUCGAAGACUGGGAUCCCGAAGAAGAUGGAGAUGAGUUCUUCGAUGAGCUUCUUAGUGACGAUGGAAAGGAUGACAAGGCUGACGAGGAUUCCGAUGACGAUGAUAACGACGACGAAGAAAUCGCUGCCAUGCAGGAACACAAAAAGUCCACUAUCCGUUUCCUCAAGCCUAUUGCUCAGGUCUACCCUGCUAUCAUCAACAACCGUCUCAAGAACGCCGGAAGUGUGCCCUUGUCUGCGCCGUCUGGUGUUGAGAAGUUGGAGUCGUUGAUGCGGAACCUACAAGCUAUCCCAGACCACGUCGAUGAGAUGGCUGGUGCGUUAUACGAGGCCGACUUCGAGAAGUCGGAGCAGUACUUGCAAAAGACGAGGAAGUGUGCUACGAAAGCAGUGGACUUGGUCAUGUCACCUUGGGCUGCCACAGCUGCUCCCGGCGAUGCACAGGCAGACAAGUUCACCACGUGGUCAAAGACAUGGCUUAAGGUUAUUGAAGAAGUUAGCAAGCCAGUUGAUGAGAACUGA